UUCAAUUUUUAAGAGGGAUUUUUCAGAGCAAUAGUAAAUAGGUGAAGAAGAAAAAGAAGAAGAAAGAAAGGAACAGAAAUGGAAUCGAAGAAGGCGGGAGAAGAGGGCGAAAGCCCAAUGACUCCAUGGGAGCAACACGCCAAAGUCAUAAGCAUCCCUCGCUUCGAUUACAAGGCUCCUUCUUCUUUGCUUCAACGCUCUCACUCUGCUUUUCUCAUCACUUGCACUAUCAAGAGGGAGAAGAGCGCUACGAAAGAAGCCAUGUCUAUCCUUUCAAAGUACGUUGGUCCCUUCAACGGUGAAACCUCUGGAAGUUCAGGAACCUCUGAUGCAAAUGUUGAUGCUAAGAGAAGGAAAAUAUGUACUGAAGAAAUUGAUCAGAUUAUUAGCAAGACUGUUGACAGCCCGGAGAUCACUGAUGAUGCAGGUGGAAAUCCAAAAGAUGGCAGUUCCAUCUCUGCAAAUACGGAUAAAAGUGAAGCACCAGAGCUUGCUCUUUCACUAGUUAAGCUAACAAGGAGCGGCUUGCUUCUGCUUACCCUCCCUGUGGAGAACUCCUUAGACACAAUUGAUGUUGUCUCAAAGAUCUUUUGUGAUCUGGGAUCUGGUAGUUUAAAGUCACCGCUUUGGUGUCAUCGAAUCUUCCCUAUCCAAGCUACAUGUACCUUGAGUGAGAAGGAGCUGCAUGCAGUUGUGUCGAAACUCGUUCAACAAUAUGUGAAUGACAAAGGAAACAAAUUAACAUCACCUCUAAAGUUUGCAGUUGGAUUUAACAGAAGAGGAACUGACGAGAGCCAGUUGAAGAAUCCAAAAGAUGGUUCAAAGAAUUCUGAUAUGUCUGUAUUAUUGGACCGCAACAAAUGCUUCAGCGUUGUUGCCGCCGCUGUUAAAGCCAAUGUUCCAGAUUCAGUUGUGGAUCUGAAAUCUCCAGAGCUAUCUAUUCUCGUAGAGUUGUUUCCUCUGUCCGGAGUGCCCAACGGAUCGCUAGUGGUUGGCGUGUCAGCUCUACCCCUAAACCUUGUUAGUACUAAGCCAAAACUCUGCAUUAAGCCACUGGUUGGGGAUAAAAUUGGGAAGAAGGGAAGUUAAAGCAUGUCUACUGGUUGGCUUGCAACCUUCAUCCACUGGUUAGGGAGUUU